ACUGUCGCCGCAUGAAAAGCACGCAGCGGCACGCAGUGUGAGUAUCAUCGAAGUGCAACCCUCGCACUGAUCAUCGUAUCACUGUCACACGCAAUCACUCCCACCCAACUCACACCAGAGGCCCUGUUCCUUAUACGAACUCACAGUUUACCUCGUAAAGGCUCAUCGAAUCUUGUCCCACCCUUGUCUCCUUCUCUCCUCUGCACCCUUCUGCACUCAGAAACGAGGAAAGGAACAUUAUCUGUGAGGAAAUGUCAACAUCAUCAUUGGUAGAGUCUCUAGUUCUUCAACUUCAUGAGAUUUCAGCUGUUAAAUUUGGCAACUUCAAGCUCAAAUCUGGAAUCUCCUCACCAAUCUACAUAGACCUUCGCCUCAUUAUAUCAUACCCCUCACUCCUUCAGCAAAUAUCUCAAACCCUAAUUUCCUCUGUGUCUUCCACUUCCUUUGACCUUGUUUGUGGCGUCCCUUACACAGCCUUACCCAUUGCCACAUGUGUAUCUCUCACUCAGAACAUCCCCAUGGUCAUGCGCCGCAAGGAGGUCAAAGACUACGGCACUGCCAAGGCUAUUGAAGGUGAUUUCAAUCCUGGCCAGAGUUGCUUGAUAAUUGAGGAUUUAGUUACCAGUGGCACGUCGGUUUUGGAAACUGCUGCGCCGCUGCGUGCUGUGGGGUUGAAGAUCAGUGAUGCGGUUGUUUUGAUCGAUAGGGAGCAAGGUGGGAGGGAGAAUUUGGAGGAGAAUGGCGUCAAGCUGCAUGCUAUUAUUAAGUUGAGUGAAAUGGUUAAGAUUUUGAGGGAUCAUGGGAAACUUGAUGAGGAGAUGGUAGGGACUGUUACGAGAUUCCUAGAGGAGAAUCGCAAGGUUGCUGCUUUGACAAAGGUGGAGAAGCCUGCAACUACGGUCAAGGCUUUGUCGUUUGGGGAGAGGGCUAAGCUGUCCAAGAAUCCAACUGGAAAGAGACUGUUUGAGAUAAUGGCUGAGAAGAAGAGUAAUUUGUGUUUGGCUGCAGAUGUUGGAACUGCAGCUGAAUUGCUUGAAAUUGCUGAGAAGGUUGGACCUGAGAUAUGCUUGCUGAAGACUCAUGUGGAUAUUUUUCCAGAUUUUACCCCUGAUUUUGGCUCUAAGCUUCUCUCGAUUGCAGAAAAACAUAACUUCUUAAUCUUUGAGGAUCGUAAAUUUGCUGACAUUGGUAACACAGUGACCAUGCAAUAUGAAGGAGGGAUCUUUCAUAUAUUGGAUUGGGCUCACAUAGUCAAUGCUCACAUAAUCUCUGGUCCUGGAAUUGUAGAUGGAUUAAAAUUGAAGGGUUUGCCUCAUGGUAGGGGUUUGUUGUUGUUAGCUGAAAUGAGUUCCGCCGGUAACCUCGCCAAGGGAGAUUAUACCGCUGCUGCAUUGAAAAUUGCGGAGGAUCAUUCUGACUUUGUGAUUGGCUUCAUCUCAGUCAAUCCAGCGUCAUGGCCCGGGGCACCCAUAAAUCCUUCUUUCAUUCAGGCAACUCCUGGAGUUCAAAUGGUGAUUGGUGGCGAUGCUUUGGGGCAGCAAUAUAACACUCCAUAUUCUGUUGUCCAUGACAGGGGCAGUGACAUUAUCAUUGUGGGACGUGGAAUCAUCAAAGCAGCAAAUCCUGCUGAGGCAGCUCAUGAAUACCGUCUUCAAGGAUGGAAUGCAUAUCUGGCCAAAUGCGCUUGAGUUCUGCAUUCAUAGAAUAAAAGGAUGAGCCAAAAUUAUGUUUUUCUGGGACAUCUAACCUCAUUGUAAACCCAGAGGAAGGUCUUGGGUACAAUAUAAUGUUAAAAAGACUUUUUUUAAUGAAGUGGCUUCUUUAUUUUCUUGA